AGCUCAACCAGUUUCGUUCAAGAAUACGAAUAUCUCCCCAAGGAAACUCUACCGUGGAAACUUCGUAUCGAGGAUGUCUGACUACCCACAGUUCCUGUCCAACUUGACGGAUCAGCUUGGUCUACUGCCUCGACUUACGCCCAGAGGAUUUGGAGGACUUGGCAGCCUGGGGAACCUGGUGAGCUUGGGCAGCAAUUUGGGCAACAUGCGCCCCGCCCACAAGGCUCUGAUGUGCGUGGGUGCGGCCACCGUGGCUUGCGUUGUCCUGGGCCUCACUGUAAAGUCCUUACAGAGACGUAAAGAGCGCAAGGACAAGCCGAGGAUCAUUAAGGUGCGAAACGGGCUGCCGAUAAAGCGGGACUUCGAGGGGCCUGAUAAGGACGAAGGAUCCUUUGGGGAGGAGCACUUGCUCCAUUAAUCAUGCAAUCAAUUAGUAAAGGGCACCCAAGCAACCUUAGGUCUGGAGGAUGCUAAAUGUUCAGCACACGUCCGACGAACAAACCUCUUUAUUAUAUAUAUUUUGACCCUGUUUUGUUGUAUAUUUUGUAAUUUUAUACAGUUCACAAAAGCGAUUGUAGAAACGCCAUUUGUUCCAAAAUGAAUGAAUGCCCAUUAAAAUUCGUCCAUUUCUAAAAUUUAAA